AUGGCUGUUCCAUUCAACACUCCGAUAACAACGUUAGUUCUCUUAAUUAUCUUCUUAUCAACUUUGGAAAUCUGUUCAAGUCGUUUCGUUUGGGAUUUUGGUUCAUAUUGUUUGAAUAAAUGUGCCAAAGCAAGACAUAAAUCAACACCCGUGAGUGUUUGUUCAUGCCAAUGGAUUUCGUCGAAUUAUCGGCGAUCAUUAUUAAAUACAACUCUGAACACAUAUUCCAACUAA